AGAGAGAGAGAGAGAGAGAGAGAGAGAGAGUGAGUGAAGGGGAAGUGUGCAUGAAGUGAGAUGGGGGCAACGGGGUCGAAACUCGAGAAAGCGUUAGGCGACCAGUUUCCUGAAGGCGAGAGAUACUUUGGUCUCGAGAAUUUCGGGAAUACUUGCUACUGUAACAGCGUCCUUCAGGCUCUCUAUUUUUGUGUUCCAUUCCGGGAACAGCUACUGGAAUACUACUCAAAUAACAAAAACCCCUCUGAUGCAGAUGAAAAUCUCUUGACAUGCCUAGCCGACCUAUUUAUGCAGAUUAGCUCACAAAAGAAAAAAACAGGUGUGAUUGCUCCAAAGCGCUUUGUACAUAGGUUGAAGAAGCAGAAUGAAAUUUUCCGUAGUUAUAUGCAUCAGGAUGCCCAUGAAUUCCUUAACUAUUUGCUAAAUGAACUUGUUGACAUACUGGAGAAAGAGUACAAUGCUGCCAAAAAUGAGAGAGAAACUUCAUCCCCACCCGAAAAGAUUGCGAAUGGUCCAAAGAGUGUUCAUCCCAGUGGUGCUCAAAAGGAGCCUCUUGUCACCUGGGUGCACAAAAGUUUCCAGGGUAUAUUAACAAAUGAAACAAGGUGCCUAUGUUGUGAGACUGUAACAGCAAGGGAUGAAACAUUUUUUGAUUUGAGCCUUGAUAUUGAACAGAACAGUUCAAUAACAAGCUGCUUGAAGAAUUUUAGUUCUACUGAGACACUGAAUGCUGAAGACAAAUUUUUUUGUGACAAGUGUUGCAGCUUGCAGGAGGCCCAAAAGCGAAUGAAGAUUAAAAAGCCACCUCAUAUCCUAGUAAUCCAUUUGAAGCGAUUCAAGUAUAUAGAACAAUUAGGCCGGUAUAAGAAGUUAUCAUACCGUGUUGUCUUUCCUCUAGAGCUGAAGUUGACCAAUACAGUUGAGGAUGCAGAUGCUGAAUAUUCGUUGUUUGCAGUGGUAGUCCAUGUGGGGAGUGGACCUAAUCAUGGACACUACGUCAGCCUCGUCAAAAGUCACAACCAUUGGUUAUUCUUUGAUGACGAGAAUGUGGAGAUGAUUGACGAAUCCGCUGUUCAGACAUUCUUUGGAUCAGCUCAAGAGUAUUCUAGCAACACGGAUCACGGCUACAUCUUGUUCUAUGAAAGAGUCGGCAUUGCUAGUAUCUCAAGCUGAUUAGAGUAUGUGAGCUGUUCUCCAAUUUUGGGCAUGACUUGAUGUUCUGUUUUGUUCUUUGCUGCCUUCUUAUCUUCACGAUUUUCUAAUAUAUACCGAGUUGGGAUGGAAUGUGCGAAAAUAUACACGUUGAGGUUGGCUCCUUGUACAGAGGUGGAGGAAGCUCACUGCCCUCUAUUUUUUUUCCCAACAAUAAAGGGAGAGUAGUAGUGUAUGUGAUGUAGUUUUCUAGACAGCUUUAGUAGGAUAUGGUCAACCAACUUGUGGGAAACUAUUGUUUUUUUGUUCCCCUCACUAAAUUCAUUGCUUAAUGUUGCUGUGAAUGUCACAGUUGUACUCAGGCUGAUAGCUUCUGCUGCAUUUUAUUUCUUGGCGCCGUUCUUUCGGGGCAUCAUUUGGUUAUAUCUUAAUUUACAAUAUAACAUUUUGAUAACCUGUUUAUGAUA